CUACACGAUCGACAUCGGUAUAUUUUAAAUGACACAGUGAGAGCGGAAAUUUCGUACUUCCGAUUUCGCCGUUGCUAAGGGGCAGUGGAAACGUAAGUGCGGCAUACAUAACUAGUUUCGAAUCAGUGUUCUUUGAAGUAACUGGCAAGGUGUUUCAUAGUGUAGGGAGAACAUAAUAUUCUUGACUAGAAUAUACAGUGUGGUCUGAACAUGAUAUGCUGCUUAAUAACAAUCGCCGUUGCUACGAAUAAACCGAUUGGGAUGAUACAGUUGACCGACCGCAAUUACAUCAGCAUGAAAAGAUUUUUAUGGAAGAACCGUUGUUCGGUGACAGUAAGGUUAUCCAUUUAGGUGAUACACGAUUGUAAAAGCGACGGGCAAGUGAUGUUUCGCUCUUAAACAACUUCAUUGAAUUGUUAUAAAAGUGACUAUUCUGGUAAAAAUGUCUGUUCGUGUAAUCUGAAGAAGAGCAGAGACAAUUCAGAGAGCUGUGUAUGAAAAAUAUUAUUAGUAAAAUAAAGGCUAACUGUAAGAUUGGAAGACGUGCCUUUGGAAAACAAAAGCAUCAUCUUUGUGAGAAACAUUGUUGGACGUUUCCGUGGAGCAGAGCCGACGCGUUGAUCGAACGGAGCGCACGAGGAUCUCGCUCCCGCCAAAAGAGGGCGGACGUCGCGUCGUGGCGCGGCGCGGAGCUGCGCAGCCAGUUGGCUGGAGUACGAGAGCGGUUGGGGGGAGGCCUUCAUUGAUCAGCGGCCGGCGGAGAAGAGGAGCUGCGGGGCGCUCCGCUCAGUCGGGCAGUGGUGCGGCAGCGGUGCGCGUGGGGCAUGUGACGCACGGCGCGGGCGUGCGGUGUGCGGUCGAGAGGGAGCAGGCGAGUGCGGGCGUGCGUGCGUCGAUAGCGGAGACCAGAGAGCGAUAAUGCCGCCGUCUGCGGGCGGUCUCGGACUCCUCCUGGCACUGGUGGCGGCGGCUGCGACGACGACGACGACGACUGCGGCAGCGACUCGAAGCGGAGGAAAGCGCAGCAGCGGGCGGUCAUGUCGUACGGCGCCCCCUCCAAUCUGAGCGGGGGCGGCGGAUACGGCGCUGGAGGAGGCAGCGGAGCAGUCGGUGCCGGCGGGAACCGAUCGCCGCGGAGCUCGCGCCGGCUGGCCGGCGAACUGCCCACCGUAGACCGGUCGCCGUCGCGCUCCAACUACGGCCUGAGCGGCGGCGGCGCCACACGGGGCAGCCCUCUGGGGAGCCGCAAGGGCGCGCGCUCCCCACCCCCGUCGGCGGCGGACGCGCAGCAUGCGCAGCAGCAGCAACAGUACCAGCAGCAGCAGCAGUACCAUUCGGCAGCGUCAGCGUCCGCCGGCUACAUGGGCUCGCCGUACUACGCGACGCGCGACGACGAGCUAGGCUCGCCGGUGAUGAUGGACGAGCGCGGCCGCGGCCACCACCGGUCGCGCUCCGCCUCGCGGCCCGCCAUGGGGGGCGGCGGGGGUGGCGGCGGCACGCGCUACCAGUCGCUGGAUCGCAGCGGGUUGGGCGGCGACGCUCACGAGCGCGAGUUCGUGCCCAUCCGGGAGCCGCGCGAGCGCUCGCUGGACCGCGGCAUGGGCACCGGCCGCGACCGCUCGCUCGACCGCGGGGGCGGCCUCUACCUGGACGACGACCUGUACGGCGGCGGCGGGGGCGGCAGCCGGUCGGCGCGCCAGUCGCCCAACCCGCACAUGAUGGCCUCGGGCGGCAGCGGCCGCGACAUCGUCGCCGAGCUGCAGCAGCAGAACAGCGACCUGCAGCGCGAGCUCGCCAACUUCAAGAAGGAGCUCGAGCUCACCAACCAGAAGCUCGGCUCCAGCAUGCACAGCAUCAAGACCUUCUGGAGUCCCGAGCUCAAGAAGGAGCGCGCCCUACGCAAGGAGGAGUCGGCCAAGUACAGCCUCAUCAACGACCAACUCAAGCUGCUCAACUCCGAAAAUCAGGUAAGGAGAACAUCUAACGUCUUGUAGCUGCUUCUGUGGAGCAAAAGUAAGUGUAUCGAAAUUUUCGACGAGUAGAGAGUCGCUUCUGUUUCUUAGCAAACGUAGAUUCGUUUGUGUUAAUCUUAAAUGUUGGUUAUUAUAUGAAAUGAUGAUCCUUUCUGUCCCAAGGAAUGAGGGCCUCAUAGGACUCAAUAUUAACGUCCUCUUUAAGUGUCGAAUGCUUUGCUGGUAAGUGACCAGCUGCUGUUCUUUUUCAUUGACGAAGAACGAUGCAAUUUUGAAAUUCAGCAGUUUUGUAACAACGUGAUAAGCGAACAUCACGCAUCACAUUCGAAAACGGUCUGAAAUCAUUGUGUUGAACAUUUUUUUGGAAUAAAUGAAAUGCAUUCGCAACUGCGAAUAUGGACUACCAUUAGCUGUAUAAUGGAAUGACGACAGUGAAAAUUUGUUCCGGCCCGGGACUCGAACCCUGAUUUCUCGCUUUUUGCGAGGGGUCGCCUUACCAUUUGGCUAUCCGAGCACGACUCACAGCCUGACCCAAACCUCCACAACUCGUCGACCAUGUCUCCGUAACCUGUACACGUACAUCCAUUAUGUAUAUUCCCGUACAGAGGAGACAUUCUACUUAAAAGUCGCUUGCCAGCUGUCGGCGGCCAAAUACGUUAUUGCAGGGCCGGUGUCAUACCGAAUUACGAUGGGUAGUUCCUUCGGACUUGCGUGCGUGUGUAUCCGAAGGAGCUUUGCAUCGUAAUUGGGAAUAACACAGGCGCUGCAAUAACGUAUUUUUUCGGAAAUCCAUCGUAAAAAAUUCGUUAAUCUUUCAAGAAUAGUUUUAAAAUUCGAAGUAUUGGGCAAUUUACCACACUGUAUAUCAGUGUCAGCUCAUGCUACAUAAAGCAAUAGGACAUAUAAAGCAAGAUAAUUUAUAUUAAUGCUAACCAUUUGCAAAGCAUUCCUUUGCCACUUCAUUCGAUAAUCUGCGUUCGCCAUCACAGUUGUGGUAUUGCUGGAGUCUGAUCCCAAGUAGCCUACUUCCGUUUAUUGGUUUCAUACCAGUGGUGACACGAGCAGUGUGGCGAGGUUGUCUACAGCACCUCCAAAGCAACGCCUGCUAAUGAACACACGACGUGAAUGCGUAUGCGUGUGCGCGAGUGUGUGUGUGUGUGUGUGUGUGUGUGUGUGUGUGUGUGUGUGCACGUGUUUGUGCGCAGAAAAAGGUAAUCAACACACAAACGUUAAAUAUUGCGGUUGAUAUACCGCUGACUACCAUAACACUUCGUAAUCUUUCCACGGCUCACUUCGGAAAUAUUAAACGUGCUGAACGACGCCGCACAGUGGGUUUGAUAUUCUGAUCCGGCCCAGCGCAUAGUAAACUCGGCUUAGAGGCUAGGGACACUCUGCGUAUUCCUAUGUAAAACUUUAUCAACACUUCGGGAAGCGUUUAUUAGAAAUUGUUGAACAACGUCUAUUUAAGAAUUUCUAUU